ACAGGGGGCGCUGUUGGGGCGCUACAGUCCGGCUUCGAGUUCAGACGGGCGGCGUUAGAUGUCUGUCGAAAGUCGGAAGUUGUGUUUUUAAGCUUUUAGUGAAAUUGGACAAAAUGGCAGAGGACGACAGUUAUGAGUCGAUGCUUUGUGUAAAACCGGAGGUUCACGUCUACAAGAUUCCUCCUCGAGCCUCGAACCGCGGAUACCGUGCUGCUGACUGGAAGCUGGACGAGCCAGCAUGGAGCGGCAGAAUGAAGAUCACAGCCAAAGGCAAGAAGGCCUUCAUCAAGCUGGAGGAUAGAAACACAGGUGAACUUUUUGCACAAGCACCAGUAGAGGAGUAUCCAGGUACCAUAGUGGAGGCGGUCACAGAUUCCAGCAGGUAUUUCGUCAUUCGGAUAGAGGAUGGGAACGGACGUCAUGCUUUUAUUGGUCUGGGCUUUGCUGAUCGUGGAGACUCAUUUGACUUCAAUGUUGCUUUGCAAGAUCAUUUUAAGUGGGUGAAACAAGAAGGGGAACUCGCAAAACUGGAGGCCAACCCAAGCACCCAGCCUAAACUGGACCUGAGCUUCAAAGAGGGUCAGACCAUCAAGAUAAGCAUCGGGAACAUCAAGAAGAAGGAUGGGGGUGGUGCUAAAGCACGACCCACACCUGGAGGCCUGCUUCCCCCUCCUCCUUCUGGGGCUAAAGUGGGAGGUGUCACGCCCCCUCCUGGAGGGCAUCAGCCGGUCCCUGCCGCACAGGCCACCGCUGCUACUCUUUUAGACUUUGGCUCCCCCAGCCCCGCGACCCAACCCAGCGCCGACCUGUGGGGAGACUUCACAGCUGCAGGACCCAAACGUCCAAUCGCAAGCUUACUUCUAACAAGUCGGGGCACAACAAAAGCGUGAGACUUACAUGAUACAGUGGUGUCUGUCCUGAGGGGGGCCAAACGCCGGGCCUGGGAGGGGCUUAAAAGAGCCAGUUACAGGAAAGCAGAGAUGGUAGAUAACUAAAGAGCGGAUAAACCGAAGACCCACUGCAGGAUGAAACACAGGUGAAUGAAGACCGCCUCCUCUUCCUCCUCCACCUUUUAAAGCCAGGACAUGACUUUUUUUUUGUAGAUGUGUUUCUGUCUUCCAAUGACAGGAAAGGCUAAAGCGGAUGUUGGCAAUGAGUCCCACAGUUGUUUCUCUUCCCUUACUGCCUUUGAGCAAACUGAGUCUGCGCAGACGUGGAGAGGAAGCGGCUCAAACCGCCUUCACUGUCUUCACUUCUGCAGCUGCUUCGCUCGGAUGAACUGGAUGGACUCAAACAAACAAAGAAGCCGGAAACAGUGAAACUCCUGUCAUGUUUGAGAGUCCAGGAAAAAUAUUCCGAUGUUUUUACGAAAAGUCUCAUUCUCCUUCACCAGCUGGGGGCGCCAAAGGCAUUUAGGACCUGGAUGUCUGAACAAGUUGAGCUGGACCGGACAGUAUAAGUUUUAUUUAUUUGGGUAAGAGCUAAAAACGCAGCUGACAAAGAAAUAAUCCAGAUACUCUGUAGCAGUUUAAUCAUAUCUGAUGUUUAGUCUAAAUCCUAUGGAAUCGGGCAGAGCAAAUACAAAUUCUAGAGGGUUUGUUUAAAAAGAUUUUUGAAUCAAAUAAAAAAUAUCCCGUUGUUUAUCUCCGUUAACAGUCAAAUGCUUUUGAUUGUUGCAGAAUU